GUAUUAAGUUUUACCUUUCUUCCUCUCACGUUAUCUGCACCACAAGCCUAACCCUUUGUUUUGUCGUCGUCGACAUCUCUAUAUAUAUAGAUUUGUGUAUGUAUCUAUAUAUGUAACGCAUUAACAUUAACAUAUACGUAUAUAGAUGCACAAACUACACUCCACAGAUAAGCGUUAACGCAUUUCACACACACCAAACCCUAGAAGCUGCUGCGCCUCUGUUCCUGUUCGAAACCCUAUUUUCGUGUUAACCCUACAUUUCGCAAUCGCAUUUUUCGAGCUCCUCGGACCUGUUGGAUUAGGAGGGGAAUAAAUUGCGAUAUUUAAUCGGGAAAGUUGAUAUUUAAUCGCGGGAUAAACUCACUUGUAGUUUGGAUUGUUUUUUUUUUUUUUUGGGAAUUUUAUCAAAUUACGGGCGAUUCUGCUUUUCAUUUGUUGUUCUGGAAGCGGUGAUUGUUGAUUGGUUUCGGGAAAUCCAGUCCCGGAAAUCAUCGGCGAUUUGUCACAUCUGAGCUUGAGAUUUUCGAUCAUUCGCGAGGGUUUUUUGAUUUGCUGGCGGUGGAAAAUGGUUGGAGGUGGGAAUAGGAGGGAUGAGGGAUCGUUUACCGUGAGCAACACCAAUGUUUUUGCGGCGCUGGAGACUUUGAGGAAGAAGAAGAAAUCUGACAAGGAUAGGGGUUCGUCUAAGGGGAGUAAGAGCUCCUCUAAGAGUGGUGCUGCUUCUGGAAAAUCGAAGCAGGCGGAAGAGAAGCCGGUGUUCUGGGCUCCGGCGCCUUUGACAGUGAAGUCGUGGGCGGAUGUGGAUGAUGAGGAUGACGAUGAUUACUAUGCCACCACGGCUCCUCCCCAGGCGAUAUGGGGUGGUUCCGGUUUGAAUAAAGUGGAUGAAACAGAGAAACAGGAUCAUUUGGAGGAAAGUGAGAGCGAAGAUGAGCUUCUUGAUGAAGGUGAUGAUGAUGUAGAAGAGGAGCCUGAACAUGAAAUGGAGGUCGGAGAACCUUCUGAACCGAUAGUCGAAACAAAGGUUGAACUCUCUCCAGCACCUAGGGAGACGGAAAGACAGCUUUCCAAGAAGGAGAGAAGGAAAAAGGAGCUUGCUGAAUUAGAGGCCAUUUUAGCUGAUUUUGGAGUAAACCCAAAAGAGAAAGCUGAAGAUGAGACAAAUGAUGUGAACAAAGACGGGAAUGAGGUGCAACCGAAUGGAGUUGCAGAGAAGAAAGAUAGUGCUGCACCUGCAGAAUCGAAAAGUGCAAAGAAGAAGAAGAAGAAGGAUAAGGCCUCCAAAGAGGCGAAGGAACCUCAGGACCAGCCCAAUACCUCAGAUGCUCCUAACGAACAAGACGAGACUGAACAUGUGGAGGGAGACACUUCUGCUGUUGAUAUGAAGGAGCGGCUCAAGAAGGUGGCAGCUGCUAAGAAAAAGAAAUCGAACAAGGAAGUUGACGCCGCUGCAAGAGCUGCUGCUAUGGAGGCUGCAGCAAGGAGCGCAAAACUCGCAGCUGCCAAAAAGAAGGAGAAGAACCAUUAUAACCAGCAGCCAAUCCGGUAAAAGAAAAUCGAUUGGGAGCUCUGAUUCGAAUGGAGAUAGAUGUGAUUCUGUGGUUAAUAAACUCCGAGCUCUUGCCCUCUAGUUUUGUAGUAGACGAACUUCGAAUAUAAUUUUACAUGUCGAAAAAUGUUUCUUUUUCUUUUUUUCUUUCUAUAUCGAGAAACCGUUGCAUUUGGUACUUGCUUGUUAGAUCAGAUGUAUCAUACAAUACUUUUCUUGCUGUGUAUCCCACUGUUGCUCUCUUCUUUUGAGUCUUAGAGGGUGUUUGGCUUUA